AUGGCGUGCCCAGCUAUGGCAAUCCCCUCUACAAGCACCGCCAGCAGCCUCUCGCUCCGCUCCACCUUUCUCUCCGCAUCCGCCGCGUCUCUCCUCCCCCGUGUCGUCCCCCCGUUCCGGUUACCAAACGGCAGCUCCGCCAUUGGCCGCUCGUCUAGACGACGCUGCGCGCUAGUACCCGUCAGAGCUGCGACAGGCGCCAGAAGUAGCGGCAGCAGGAAUCCGGCAGCGAAGAAACGCGGAGAAGUAGCAGCAGCAGCAGCAGCAGCGGGAGCAUCGGCAGCCACCACGACGGCAGCGGAGAGCACGGACGAUGCGACAGGCGAGCAGCGGCCGUUGCUGGGCUGCCCGGUGUGCUUCCAACCGCUCUCCAUCUCCGGGUCCCGCUCCGCUCGGACCUUCAACAUGAACACGGCAUCGCGCAUGCGCCUCCAGUGUGCCACAUGCGCGCGCGUGUACGCGACGAGCAGCGCGGGGUACGCGGAUCUCACGCUCACCGCGGGCGUCACGGAAUACGUGGAGCCGCCUCUGCCCUUCCGAUCCGAGGCCUUCAAGAGUCCUGUGUUCUCGUUCGUGUACGAAAGAGGUUACCGGCAGAACUUCACCAGAAGCGGUUUCCCAGGGCCUGACGGGGAGUUCCGAAUGGCACAGCAGUGGCUGGACAGCCACGAGGGUGGUCGCGUGGUGGACCUCAGCUGUGGCUCGGGGCUCUUCACCCGCCGCUUCGCUGCUGCAGGCGGCUGGGCCACAGUGAUCGCAGCAGACCUGUCAGGGGCCAUGCUGGAGCAGACUGCGGCGUACAUUAAAGAGGAUAAGAGCCUGACGGAAGCACAAGAGCGCAUCAUGCUAGUGCAGGCAGAUGUGGCGCGCCUGCCCUUCUGCUCUGGGUCCAUCGAUGCGAUCCAUGCCGGCGCUGCCAUGCACUGCUGGCCCUCGCCCUCUCUUGCUAUGGCGGAGAUCAACCGGGUGCUGCGCCCAGGAGGCAAGUUCGUGGCAUCCACCAUCCUCUGGCCCUCCGCUCCCUUCGGCAACGAGCUCUUCCAGUCCCUUCGCAAGUCAAUGCGUGCAGACACCACCAUGAAGCUUUGGGAGGGGGAAGAGCUGAGGGAGCUGCUGCAGCUUUCAGGGUUUGUGGAGUAUCGCCAGGAAACCAACGGGCAGUUUAUCAUGAUUUUCGGGCAGAAGGCCGAGUGA